AUCUGCUCACAAGUGCCCACAAGGACUGUCCUAUGCCCCAGGGCACGGACCUCCUGAACCCACAUCUACCCUCCAGCCACCCACCAACCUUUGCUCCAGACAAUGUCACUGGCAAGGACAAACAGAUGGAUUUCUGUUGGGAUCCUUGGCAGAGGUGCUUCCAGACCACCAACGGCUACCUGUCUGACUCCAGAGCCUGUUCCAGCAAUUACAGCGUAGCAGCCCUGGCCACCGCAUCCCUUGUGGGGGUGGUGCAGAGCAUCAAGGACCACAUCACAAAGCCCACGGCCAUGGCCCGUGGCCGAGUGGCCCACCUCAUCGAGUGGAAGGGCUGGAGUGCCCAGCGGUCAGGCUGGGAGCUGUCCCCUGCCGAGGACGAGCAUUACUGCUGCCUCCCGGAUGAGCUGUGUGAGGCUCGCUUUGCUGCAGGGGUUGCAGAGCAGUUUGCUAUCACGGAAGCCACUCUGAGCGCCUGGUCCUCACUGGAUGAUGAAGAGCUGCACCUUGAAAACAGCACCCUGGACGCCCUCCAGCUGCAGGACCUGGAGAGCAUCUACCUUCAGGACAGCCUUCUGAGUGGCCCCUCGCAGGACGACAGUCUCUUGGCCUUCUCCUCCCCUGGCCUCUCCCCUGACGGCUGGCCCUCACCUGAGGAACCCCCCAUCACAGCUGCUGAUCCCCAACCACCCAGCCCUGCACAGCAGCAUCGACGACGGCUGCCAGGGGGUCCUGGAUCUGAAGGUGGGGUGCACCUACAAGGCUCCCUGCCCUCGGUGGACAGUGGCUCGCUCUCAGAGGAGGAGGAUGAGGUGUUCUAUAACUGAGGCUGGGCUGGGCCGGGCCAGCACCUGCUCAUAUCACCACUUGGGCUGGUGGAGCUCAUGCAUAAUAGGACCCUGGAGUCCACUGCUAAGCAUCUCUUGACUCCUCGGGCCAGGCAUGGAGUGGGGUGCAGCAAGGAU